AUGAAUACCAGGCAGGCUCUUAGGCUAAGGGUGGUCCGAGCAUAUCAGAUUCAUGAGAGGAAUGAUCCAUCGAAGAUUAGAUCAAAAGAAAUUGUUUUCCAUGAUGAAGAGGGUUCCUUCUUGCAUGCUCAUGUACCCAAGGAGUAUGUUGAAAAGUAUCUUGACUGUUUUUCAGAAGGUUCAGUGUAUGCUAUAAAAAAUUUUUGUGUGAUCACAAACUUUUACUCAUACAAAACCAGCCCACAGAAGUACAUGAUAAAAUUUAACUAUCAGACUAUGGUUAAGGAUUUAAAGCAUGUGAAGUUUCCUAUGAAAAUGUAUCGGCUGAAGACCUUUAAAGAGAUCAAGUCUAUUGAAGGCCUUGAUGAGAAACACCUAUUUGAUGUUAUUGGUCGAGUUAUUGAAAUACACUGCCCAGAGGAAAAAUUAAUUAAUGGGAAGAACUCCAGGCUGAUUGACUUCACUCUUGAAGACCCCGAUGGAAUACAACUAAUGUGUACUUUGUGGGAUGAACACGUAAGCAAGAUUGAGGCAUUCUACAAUUCUACUUCACAAGAACCAUUGUUGGUCUUGGUACAGUUCUGUAGGGCAAGGGUGUGUUUAAAAAGUGGUGAUGUCAAGAUUUGUAGCUCCUAUGAUGUAACACAGCUGCUUUUCAACCAAGAAUCUCUCCCCUUUGAGGAGUUCAGGAAGAGGACGAGUCAUGAACAGACACCAAUGCGCAAUAUUAUAUCGCAAUCAAGUUUUAAGGAAUGUAGCUCAUAUUCAGUUGCACUAUCUGGUGAUAUGGAAGUGCGUACUAUCAGUGAGAUCUACAGAGACAAGGAGUUUGGAGAUUUCUGGGUUGCAGCUAGGAUUGUGUUCAUUGAUGAUCCAGAGUGGUACUAUGCUUCAUGUCGAACCAAGGGUUGCAACAAAAAGCUUAAGCUAAAAGGGAAAUGGCUGUGGUGUAGUACAUGUGACAGAAAUUGGGGUGAUGGGACACUGAGGUACAGAGUUAAGGUUAGAGUUGUGGACUUGGAUGGCAAUGCGCCUUUUCUUCUAUGGGACAGGGAGUGCCUCGAUCUAAUUGGAAUUCGUGCAGAUGAUUUGAAGGAUACCGAUACAAAGGGAAGAAAGGGUCUACCUAAGGAGCUUGAAACUCUAAUCGACUUGAAUCUGUUAUUUCGAAUUGCUGUGCGUAAGGAACAGUUCCAAAACUAUCUCAAUGCUUUCCCUGUUAUGAGAAUCAUCACUGAUGAAAAGAUUGUUGAGAAGCACGCACCAGAGCUAAUCCAAGUUAGGGACAGGGACCUCUCAUCAAAGUUGGAGUUGGAGCUUACGGAUGAGGACCUAUGGGAUAUAGAGGAUAUCGACCCAGCAAAUGAAGCUGAAAGCCCUCUCCAAGUUGUUGCACAGAGACUGAACGAAGAUAACAGUAUUGAGAAUGGAACCGUGAAGAGAUCGCUAAUUGAUGAGUUUUCAAGCACACAAAGUUCGAAGAAAAGCAAGGACAGUGUUGUGAAGAUUGAGAAAGAAACAGAUUUGUAA